ACUUCUGUCUUGACCGUAAAUCUAUGGUCUUGACAACUGCUGCCACUGAGUUGAUCUGGAAAAGCCAUGGCGGACAAGGCGCAGAUACAAGACGCGAUUAAAACCCAAGGUGAAGUCGUCCGGAAGCUGAAGUCAGAGAAGGCAAGCAAAGAGCAGAGUUGCUCACCACUUUUCUCCUGUUCUUCCUGCCUGACUCUGCGUGACCUCUGCUGGCCUUGAUCCUCAUCAUCAUCACCACCACCACCAUCGACAUUUGGGGAAUCCAACCCUCUUGGACGUCACUGCCCAACCCUGUUUCAUUGGCUGCUGUGGCUGGCCCUGGACAAUACCAUUGGAUUAUGCUGUACCAAUGAUGAACUCUUGAAAAAUUUCUUGUCCAACAUCUGGACUUAUUUUUAUUUUAUUUUUGUAUCCCCCCUGUACCGUGGGAUGGACAUGCUGGGCAUGUUUUGUAUUCGUGCUUGCUCUGGUCUGGGUGCCUUACGGACUGCAACACGUGUCCGAUCUCUGCAUUCUGUUCCUGGGAUCACUGUGGCUCAGAUUGAUGAAGAAGUAGCCAAACUGCUGGAACUGAAGGCUCAGAUAGGAGGAGAUGAUGGCAAAAACCAGUUUGUCCUCAAGACAGCAAAGGGGACAAGGGACUACAACCCUAGGCAGAUGGCCAUCAGAGAGAAAGUGUUCAACACCAUUAUCAGCUGCUUCAAACGCCACGGAGCAGAGACCAUCGACACACCUGUCUUUGAACUGAAGGAAACAUUGACAGGGAAAUAUGGAGAAGAUUCCAAGCUCAUCUACGACCUGAAAGACCAAGGAGGAGAGCUGCUGUCCCUCAGAUAUGACCUCACCGUGCCAUUUGCCCGCUACCUGGCAAUGAACAAGAUAACCAACAUCAAGCGCUACCACAUCGCUAAGGUCUAUCGGCGUGACAACCCAGCCAUGACCCGUGGACGCUACCGAGAGUUUUAUCAAUGUGAUUUUGACAUAGCAGGGCAGUAUGACGCCAUGAUUCCAGACGCUGAGUGUCUGAAGAUUGUCCAUGAAAUCCUCAGUGAGCUGGAGCUGGGAGACUUCCGUAUCAAGGUCAACGACAGACGUAUCCUGGACGGUAUGUUUGCCGUGUGUGGCGUUCCAGACGACAAGUUCCGUACCAUCUGUUCAACUGUGGACAAACUGGACAAGAUGGCCUGGGAGGACGUGAAGAUGGAGAUGGUGAAGGAAAAGGGCUUGUCAGAGGAGGUUGCUGACCAGAUUGGGGAGUACGUCAGUAUGCAGGGUGGCAUGGACCUCGCAGAGCGCCUCCUUCAGGACCAGAAGAUGUUACAGAGUAAGCAGGCCUGUGCCGGCCUCUCGGACAUCAAGCUGCUCUUCAGCUACCUGCAGCUCUUCCAAGUCACAGACAAGGUGGUGUUCGACCUCAGUCUCGCCCGGGGACUGGACUAUUACACGGGAAUCAUUUAUGAGGGAGUGCUGACGCAGGCGGGUGUGGCCCCAGUCUCCAAUGAAGCCCAAAAUGGGGCGCCUGCAGGGGAGAGUGUCAGUGUGGGCAGCGUGGCCGGAGGGGGUCGCUACGACGGCCUGGUGGGCAUGUUCGACCCGAAGGGCAGGAAAGUGCCGUGUGUGGGCGUCAGCAUUGGGAUUGAGAGGAUCUUUUCCAUCUUGGAGCAGAAGGCUGAGGCCUCAGCACAGAAGGUUCGGACCACAGAGGUCCAGGUAAUGGUGGCGUCUGCUCAGAAGAACCUUUUGGAGCAGAGACUGCGACUCAUCACUGAGCUCUGGAACGCAGGCAUUAAGGCAGAGGUCAUGCACAAGAAGAACCCCAAACUGCUGAGUCAGCUGCAGCACUGCGAGGAGUCGGGGAUCCCCCUGGUGGCCAUACUGGGAGAACAGGAGCUGAAAGACGGCGUGGUCAAACUACGUGUCGUCGCCACCAGAGAGGAGUUUGAUAUUUCCAGAGCGGAUCUUGUUGGUGAGAUCAGGAGGAGGACCUCGGAGGCCUAGCCAUUCCUCUCUUCCCAGCAACAACAUCGUGGUUCAAACACAGACACAGGCAGAAUCUUACAGGGCGUUUCUUGUCUAGUGCGUACGCUUUGCUGGCAUGAGAUUGGUCGCUUUAAUUUAAAAAAGGUUUGGUCGCUGCAACAUUUUGUUUCACACACACACACAAACUGUAGAAUGAAAAAAGGCAGACAUGAAUGAACGGAGAGACACACACUUGCUAAUCAUGAACUGUGGAAGAAGUCAGACAGGAAUGCUGAUGGCAAAGCCACACAGAGUGGUUGUGCUAACUGGGGCUAAAGCUUGUGUCCAACUUCCUCUUCACUUUCUGCUGAGCCCUCUCCUCCGUCACCCGGUCGGGCUGCACACACACAGCGACAGUAGUGAUCCUUCAUUCCUGAUGCAAUGACAGAAGGGAGGAUCUCAACGCUAACUGGCUAUCACGUCAACGCGUCAUGCAAAUAUUUUGCUCCAGUUAAAAUAUUUGAACACGAGUGACAAUGCGCCAGCCGUGAAUUUCCCACCUUCGUUCUAUUCACGUCACCUGACCCAAUGAGGCGAAAUUUGCGUCUUUGCAUUGACUUUGUACGUAAUGUACUCGCACGAAUAAUUUGCGACGUGUCCGGUGUGAAUGCACUAUAACAUAACAGAGAGGCCUUUCUUUAUUUCCUGUAUCAAACAUGCUCCUUCUGUUCAGUGUCUGAAAUAAACACAUUCAUCAGUCA